UGUACAUUCUAUGGUAAAGAAUUAUUGACCUGAAACUUUCAUAGUUAUUCCAGAGAGUGGCAGGAACAGCAUAUUUCGAAACAAAAUAUCUUUACGCAUGUGUUGUGGGGGGUAGUUUAUUCAACAGAUUCAAGACUGCGACAGUGUAGCCUACUGAAGUCUUGAAAUUGAAAGCAAAGUGGUUUAGGCUAAACAAGUGGAAAUGGCUUCCAAAUCAGAGGAGGAUUACUGCUGUCCUGUGUGCUGUGAUAUUUACACGGAUCCUGUCAUCACAUCAUGCAGUCACAGUGUGUGUAAGGCCUGUCUGCAGCAGUUCUGGAAGACCAACGAUGCCAGAGAAUGUCCAGUCUGCAGGAGAAAACUUUCAAAGGAUGCAGGCCCUAACUUCGCUUUGAGAAACUUGUGUGAAGCGUUCCUUAAAGAAAGGAGUCAGAAAGCUUCAGCAGGGUCUGAGGUGGUGUGUUGUGAGCACGGUGAGAAACUCAAGCUCUUCUGUCUGGAGGAUAAACAGCCUGUGUGUUGGGUAUGCCGAGACUCCAAACAACACACUGGUCACAAGUUCAGUCCUGUCAAUGAAGCAGCACUUGAUCGCAAGGAGGAACUGAAGAUGGCCCUGCAACCCUUAAAGAUGAAACUAGAUGCCUUUAACAAGGCUAAACUCACCUGUGACAAAACAUCACAACACAUCCAGACUCAGGUUCUCAACACAGAGACACAGAUCAAGCAGGAGUUUGAGAAGCUUCACCAGUUUCUACGAGAUGAAGAGGCAGCCAGGAUAGCUGCACUGAGGGAGGAAGAGGAGCAGAAGACUCAGAUGAUGAAGGAGAAGAUUGAGAAGAUGAGCAGAGAGAUCUCAUCUCUUUCAGAUACAAUCAGAGCCAUAGAGGAGGAGAUGGAAGCUGAUGAUGUCACAUUCCUGCAGAACUACAAGAGCACUGCCAAAAGAGCCCAGUGCACACUGCAGGAUCCAGAGAGGCUUUCAGGAGCUCUGAUCAAUGUUGCAAAGCACCUGGGCAACCUGAAGUUCAGAGUCUGGGAGAAGAUGAAGGACUUGGUUCAAUACACUCCUGUCACUCUGGAUCCCAACACUGCACACUCAGGACUCAUUCUGUAUGAGGAUCUGACCAGUAGAGUGCCAUGUGAGUAG